UGAGGUUAGGUCGUUGUUGUCAAAACACGAGAAAUGUCAUGUCAUUUAACAGUUGAUUAUUAAAAAAACAAAUAUCCACAAUAAACUACAAUAUUCAGCAAGAUGAAUGGUCAAGCAAAAAGUACUCCAGAAUCGCAGCUUCAAAUUGCAAUUGGAAUUUUAUUGGAAUCCAUUGUGGACAAAAGUCAACUUGUAUAUGAGACUGUGAAUGGAUCAAUACGAAAGUUAGCUGAAAGACAUCCAAACCAAGUACUAAACUCAUGUUGCUACUUUUGCGAACGUAAUCCGAAACCAACAAAUGAACAUAUCUCUUCAAUUUUAAUGAUAAUGGAAAAAAUUUGUGUUGAACAUAUCAUUGAAAUUGAUGGUGAUACAAUCCUUUUAACAAUAGAUUUUUGUUUGCGGACCAUGAUAGAAAAUAUCAAUUACGAACCAGUUAUUCAAAUGCCCGCAUCUUGCGUUUUAGUUGCGUUGGGAAGAAAACAUCAUAUUCAGGUAAUGGAGAGUUUACUUGGAAAAUUAGAAAUAGGUGUGUUGCCACAUUAUAUGGUACCACAUACUUUGGGAGCUCUAGCAAAUGCAAAUGCUCAUGGUGUUGUUCCUUACCUUAAAAAUAUCCUUUCAAUAAUGUUGCCUCUUCUUGGAGGUGUAAAAUUUGAUCCACUCAAACAGGCCUUUGCUUAUGCUAUAGGCAGUUUUUGUGAGGCAUUGGUGGAAUACACUUCAAACCUCGAUCAAGUGCCUGAUAAUACAAUAACCAUUGAAAACUUCCAACUGGAAAUAGGUAUGUCAUAUGACAUUUUGUUUGCAUCAUGGUUGCAGUCACGUGAACACAGAGUUAUUGGAAGUGUCCUUAACGCUUUAUCCGCUAUUUUCCUUAUACUAAGUGUAGAAAAAGUUACUCAGCAGACACCAAGGAUUGUUCACACUUUAUUAAAUGUGUACAAAAAACAAGUAGACGCUUAUAACGUUACAAAGUGUCUAGGAUCCAUUAUCCAAAAGGCCGCAAAUGUUAAUGGAACAUUAUUGGAACCUCUGCUUCCAAACAUAUUGCAAGCAUUAUCCGACUUAGUGUGCGUUUCUCCAGAUUAUGCACAGCCUGACUUGUUAAGAAACCAUUCUGAAGUAUUAAGGUGUUAUGAGUGUUUUGCUCUACACUUCACUGAUAAUACAAUAGAUCAGCUUAUUAAUCAGUUGAAAAAUAAUAAUGAAAAAGAAAGAAUUAAAGCUCUUCUCGUUAUUACACAUCUCACAUCCUAUUCUACUGAACAUGCCAUACAAAGAAGGUUUAAAGACAUUAUCAAGCAUUUGAGUGAAAUGUUAAAUGAUCCAAAUAUUAGGGUGAAAAAAGCCAUAAUGAAGAUUAUUGUUGCUUUUGCAUGUAAAGGAGUUCUAUUAAACAAAGAAAUAAAUCCCGACGGCCCAGACAAAUACAUGGAAUUUCUUUUAAAACUCUGUUGCAAGCCUGGACAUGUAAAAAAUAAUGAUGUAGAUAGUGGUGAAUUAUUUGAAAUACAAAAAUCCGCCGAUAAUACAUUAUGUAUGUUAAGCACGUCAGUACCAGAAUUAGAAUCGACUUUAUGGCAUUUACUUAUGCAGUGUUUUCUUGGACCAUACUACGAUGAUGCCAUAGUAGUUUUAUUACGUUGUUUAACUCAUCUAGCUUCUAGAAAAUCUACCACUGAAGUUUGUGAUGGUGCUUUUAUGAGAUGUAUUACGCUGUUAGCCAUCCCUUUACCAGGGUUUAGGGGAACUUUCGUCUUAAAUUUUCUUAAAAACAUCAAACCGUGCAAUGUAGACAGAUAUAAAGGAGUGUGGGAUUCAAAAAUCCCUCAACUCGUCAAAUACUUGGAACAGAAUUACGAUAAUUUUCAUCAGUUGGAGUGGCAAGACUUGGUUUUUGAUUUUCUUGGUAUACUUCUUGAAGCUGUGAAAGAUCAGAAAUUUAACGAAUCCUUAAUUUCGACUGCAAGAAAACAACUCGAAAUGUACAAUAACAACAGAUAUAUCAACGCUUCUGAUCCUUCAGUAAAACAAAGUGAAAAACAUUUUCUUUUAAAAUGCCUUGCAAUGAUACUUUGUCAUUCUCAAGAAAAAGAAAUCAUUUUACAAACUUUGGACGAUAUUCUAGUGAAUGCAAAACUAACAGAUUAUUCUGAAUUACACGCUUGCGCAGAAGCUGUUGGAAUAUGUUCAAGAGUCCACUUGCAGUACGUUUUGGACAAACUGUCGAUAAUCAGGAAGGAUGUUCUAUUAAAAAAAUCAUCGAAAUUUUUCCAGUUCUCUUUCAUAAAAGAUCAGAAACACGAAUUAGGAAUUGAAAGAGUAAGGUACGUGAUAAUCGCAAGUUAUGCCGAAAUUUGUAACGAAGCAUCGACUGAUAAACUUUUAAAAGUGAUAGAAUCCGAAAUCCUAGAUUUCGUGGUUAGUGAGUUAACCAGUGCCAAAGAUUUUGCCAUAAGGAAAGCCUGUUUACGUGCAAUAGGUAGCGUUGCAGAUGCGAUGCACCCUAAUAGAAAUACUCUUCAUAUUCGUAUGCUUGACAGAGAUAAGGUGUUGCAGUUGGUUUCUUCAGAGAUACACUUACAUAACGGUCCUGAGUACAUUGAAUUAUUCCCUGUGAUAUUACCUGUAAUAACUUCUUUGGUGCGUUUGCCGUUACCAUUGGAGUCAGAUCAGCGGUUAAAAUUAUUGAAGUUGUGUUUUGAUAAUGUUUACAAUGCCUCCGCAAUUUAUUGUAAAAUCACUACAGAUAAUAACGACAAUAAUUAUUAUGGGGAUCUAAAAUUAGUACCUUUUGUAACUUCAAGUUUUACGAAAUUGAACCAAUUGGUACAAGAGUUGUUGAUGCAGACUUUAUCGCCCGCAACUCUUGAUGAAAUUGUCACUUUACUUGAGCCUUGGUUAGGACGUAGAAAAGCAGAACAGAGGCUCCCUGCAGCGGAAACUUUAAGAAUGGUACUUCAGACGUAUUUGGACAACAUGAAAUUUGCGUAUGAUUGUCCUACGACGUUCAGUCAGACUGGUUUUUUAUUGUCUAAAAUUGUGCCCAGAAGUACUGAUCCAAAUAAAAACAUUAGGAAGGUCGCAACUGAGUCCUUGUGUCUUGUUCUCUGCAUAGCAUCCAGAUAUGAGGGUCACAUGAGAGACCACGACAAACAACUGAGUAAUUCUAUGCAGCAUAUUCAACAGCAAAUAGAUUCUGAUGAACCCAAAUUGCUCUACAAUUUAACAACAGAUCUGGCACACAUUAUAUGCGUGAAUCUACCACAAUUUCAACUAAACCAUUUUGUAGAUGGUCUAAUGGACGCCUUGUUAGAUUGUGAAACUUCAAGUUCGACCGGAAGCAGUGUAGUUUUAAACAUGACUCUAAAGAGUAAAGGUAGCGAAUUGCAAGGUCAUGUUCACACUGUAAUGGAGAAGUUAAUAACCCAACUCGCCAAAAUCCAUUGUCCUCGAACCAAAUCAUCUACUUUAAGAAGUAUUCUUAAUUUCGCGACACAUCAUUCGAAAACCGUGUGUCAAAUUCUUCUUAAUCAACCGUUGCCUUUUGAUGGAUCAAUAUGUGACUGUUGGGCAGUUCUUUCCACUGAUCAAACCCUAGUUUUAGAUUUAUUUGACAAUUUAAAAAAAGUUUUGAAGCAGACACCGCUAUAUGACGAACAGGGUAACGGAGAUAUCAGAAUAGCGACUCUACCACCGCUGCAAGCCAUUCAUGCUCUUCACGAACUUCUGAAAAAUGUACAACUGAAGGAUAUCUGUAGACAGCAUUUUCCUGAAAUUUUUGCGCUAUUACUAGUCACAUUGGCUUCCUAUAUUGGCACUUCUGCCCCAGCAAUAAAAUCGAACAGUGACAAAAAAGAAAAAUACGGUUUUGUUUUGAACAGGGAAGCCUAUAAAUUGAAACCCGCUAAAGUAGCUUUGGAAACUUUGAAAUCGUUUUUGCACUGUUGCGAUUAUACACAGACCGCUGGUUGCUUAAUGAAUUUGAUAAAUAUAGACUCUACUGAAGACUUGACGACUUUCUUGGAUACUACAUCGUCUCUUGUUGAGAAUAUUUGUUCAGAAAAUCCGGAAUCUUUGUCUUGGCUUGUGGCUUGUUUGGGUCCAUAUAUUAGAGCCGAGCUGGAACCGCAAAGAGUGGCAGUAGUGGUUUUCUUUGCUUUUCUGUUAAAGCAGAAGGCAAACAAUCAGACUGUACUUGCAGAAAAUCUACUGGAAAUGACACUGGAUGUGCAAAUGGAUCAAAGUUGUUUGGUAAGGAAGAUUGCUUUGCAGGGAUUGGGAUUCGCUGCUGAGUGUUUGAAUCUGGAUUUAGUGUCGAGACAUUGUCAACCGAUUUUAAGUGUCCUGAUGAACAGUCUAGACUACAAUAGUAUUGGGAACGAAAGCGAUGUAAUACUUGAAGGAAUGUUAAGUUUUUCCAAACUCCUUACGAUGUUAGAGGGUCGUAAAUUCAGUACUUGUCAAGUAACGGCAGCUGUAAGAAUAAAACCUUUGUUGGACCAAGAAGACGUACUACUAAGAAGAGCUUCCUUUCGCCUUUUGGGUGAUUUAGCUGCAUCUCUCAGCCCAGAUGCAAAUAUAGAAGCAUUUCGAGAGCAGGUUCAAGGCAAUUUGAUAACAUUGAUUCUCCACCUAUGCGACCCAGAUAUGCACGUAAUAAAAGCUUGCAAGUACACUUUACGUAAAGUAGCAAUCUAUUUGGAGAGCCCCAAAGUUAAUUCAAUGAUUCAAGAACAUUUAAUUGACGAGGCAAACUUACACUAUGUUGAUUUCAUUAAAGAUCUGAUAAAAAUUAUGGCUGAAGAAAUGCAAGAAUUGUUCAAUUUAUUUGUUAUGACAAGUUUAUCAUACUUGAAAAGUCCAUGGGUUGAAAUUCGAAGCAGUGCAGCACUCAUGGUGGGUUUACUUUUUUCGCAGCUGAGUGCUGAAAGUAGGCAUAGAAUAUCGUUGGAUACAGUUUGUGAUAAAUUGAUGCGAUUAAUUAGCGAUGACCAUGAAGAGGUGAGGAUGAGGGCGGUACAGGCAAUCGCGUACUUAUUUUUAGAUUAAUUAUAACUUUUUUAUCUCUUUGACAAGAUUCCUAGUAGGUAGUACGAUGCUAGCAUUCCAUUUUUAUAUUUGUGGCGAAUUUCACGAUCAUCAUGUUUAAAGUAGACGCAGAGUUCUUCCUAAAUUGUGAUUGUAUUGAAUUUACGUCUUUUCAUGAUCGAAUUGAAUUUAGGUUUAAAAAUAAGUUAAAUUUAAUUUCAUGUUUUCAACGACUUGUUGUACUGCAUUGCUAGUCAUAUCAUAAUAAACUUAUCAUGGAAUAUGUCUAGU